AUGCAGCCACCGCAACAGUUGAAUACAUUCACUCAACAGAGACAUUCGUUUACGACCCAUCAUCAUGAGGAUGGAAUGAAUGGAGGAUCUUCCGUUUCCAUUCCCAUGCCAUCUUCCACCACUCACUCGAGUAAUAUCUAUGGGAGUCAUCCGAUGGGAGGCUCAAGUUCUUCAUCAGCAACAACGAGAAAGGCUGGAAGAGGAGCCUUUUCGGUGAUAAUGAAACGAAUUUGGAGAUUGUGUUGUACUUCUUCUUCGUCAAGGGACAAAUUAUCAUUGGAUAAUUUUUUGAGUCAAGAUGACAACAAGAGUGCAAAAUCAAAACCUAGUACAGUGACGACAAGAAUGAAUCGUUGUUGUGUGGGAAUAGGAAUUUCAUUGAUUGUGUUUUUAAUGAUGUGUUAUUGGUUUGUUUAUGUUUGGAAUGCUCCAUAUUAUCGAUUGGAAGCAAGUGGACCUCUCAUUCAUGAAAAGGAAGCUCCACUGGUUGCGGACAAGAGGUAUCUGAUCAAAACGAGGACUUAUCCAUCUUUUUGGAUGGUCACAUUGUCACCUCAAAAGGAUGUUUGGAUUAGUCGUCAGCUCUAUGAAAGAGGAUGGUGGGAAAGUGCAGUUGAAGAUACAUUUGAAAAGAUUCUAAAAGAAUUUUUCAAAAAGAAUGCCCUUGCUAAAGAAUCGGACAAGAAAACAUGUCGAGUGGUUGAUGUUGGAGGUAAUUUAGGAUUUUUCAGCUUGUUGUCUGCAGCUUGGGGAUGUCAGGUAAUAACCUACGAAGUGCAACCAGACAUGAUCCAGAAAAUUCAAGCAUCCUCUGUAAUUAAUGGUUUUGAAAAUUUAAUGACCAUUAGACAUCUAGCUGUCGACUCAGAGCCAGGAAAGUUUGUCGGAUUUGCUCUUGGCACAUCCGAUAAUUUGGGUUCUGCAUUUGUUUAUAAUCCCGAUGAAAAAGAUAAAACAGUCAGGGUAGAGACUGUCACACUCAAUGAUGAACUCAUGAAUGACGUCAAGGAUCCAAACAACAACAGAAUUACACUGCUCAAAGUCGAUGUGGAAGGAAAUGAGAUGAAAGUUUUCCAAGGAGCUGAAAAGGUCCUCAAAUAUGUUGACAAUGUUCUUGUUGAAAUUAGUAGAAGUAGUUUUUUUGCUGUCAAAUUAUUGAUUGAGCAUGGAUUUAAUGUCAUUACUGUAUUGGAAGAACCACGAUUGGUUUGGGGCUAUUUUGUGAAAACUGCUCCCUCAAAAACCUUUGUGGAUCCAACCCAUGAACAAGUCGCAGCAUAUAUGACCUCACUGAUAGGAAAGAGAGAUGUUUGGUUCAGUAGAAAGAACACAGAAACGAUUGCAUUGUAA